GUUGUGCCCCGCGCUCCUAUGGCGCUGAAGCGGAUACAGAAAGAGCUAAGUGAUCUGCAGCGAGAUCCACCAGCCCACUGUUCUGCUGGACCUGUUGGAGAUGACUUGUUUCACUGGCAAGCAACAAUUAUGGGACCUAUUUGUGCAGGUCACAAAGAUGUUGUGUGUUUUAAAACUCCCUGAUGUCAUCAUGAUCAACUGAAUUAUGUUGGAAAAUCCUACUCUUUGCAUCUGCAAAGAGAUACCACUUCUUAAGCCUGAUAGCGCAUAUCAAGGGGGAGUAUUUUUUCUCACAGUACACUUUCCAACAGACUAUCCUUUCAAGCCACCAAAGAUUGCUUUUACAACAAAAAUAUACCACCCAAACAUAAACAGUAAUGGGAGUAUUUGUCUUGAUAUCCUGAGAUCACAAUGGUCACCAGCUCUGACUGUAUCUAAAGUUCUAUUGUCCAUAUGCUCCUUACUUUGUGAUCCUAAUCCAGAUGAUCCUUUAGUACCAGAUAUUGCACAGAUCUACAAGUCAGACAAGGAAAAAUACAACAGACAUGCAAGAGAAUGGACUCAGAAAUAUGCAAUGUAAACUUCUGAAGACUUUUUCAUAUACCAGAGUACUGUAAAUUCUAGGAUUUUUUCAAAAGUAGAAGGAAAUGGAGCACAGUUUACUGUUUCAACGUAUCAUGAUGCGCCUUGAAUUUUUUUCAACCAUGUAAGUGUGUUUCUGGAGCAAGGGAGAACCAGCUUCCAAAAAUAACCUUAUGACUGUGAUCAGAAUAUUUAUCCUCUUUGUAUGCUUUGCAGAAGACAUUUAAUAUGGUUUUUAAGAGUUGGGCAUCUGCAUCUUCAGACUACAAGUUCCAUAGUGCAGUUGUAAAGCAACCAAAUUAUUUUUGCUGGAAAAAAGUAGCUGGUUUUAUGUGAUGAAUACUGUAUGUGUGUCCUUAAAGUAAGUUGUCUGUUUCGUGUGUUCAAAUUUCAUUUUGUUAAUUCACUUACGUAAUUUGUUAUUUUUUUAUUUUAUAGACUAAGUAUUUUAUUUACCAUGUAAGUUGUUUCAUAUUAGACUUACUAGCUUGUGCACAGUAUUGACAAGAUACAACUGCUAGUAAUGAAAAUAAUUGGGAGUAUCCCACCCCUUAGGAUAUUCUAAAGACUGACUGCAGAUUUCUUAAAACCUAAAAUUAUCUUUGCACUGUAAUUCUUUAUAUGCUGAUUUUGGAGAAACACUUGGUUUUGAUUCUGUUGCAUACUUGAUUUUAUUGCAAUGUGAACUAAUUGCACUGCUAUGUAGAAAGAUAUGUAACCAUUUUGUUGCUAUUCCCAGCUGUUUUUUGACAUGGGCAGCAUAACACUACCACAGACCUUUUACAAAUCUAAAUAUAGCAUUUUCCAUAUAAAUAAAAUGCCUUUUCUACUAUUUGUCUUGGCUAUUUUUUUAAUCAUACAUAUCUUUAAAUUUCUUGCUCUAACAUUAGAGAAUCAAAAUAUGUGUGCAUGUGUCCUGUAGACAACAGGGAAGGGAAAGCCAUGCAUCUCAAAACUUAGAACUGUGUUGCAAUUAAUUUUUAUGCUAGCUUCUGCCUAAUUUAUUUAGCAUGCUUUGCCCAUUGUUUUAUAUAGGAUUUAAACUAGUUUAAUGGUUUGUUAUAGCUAGCAGAAACUGUGUUGGAAUAUCAAACACUUGUUAAGGUGGUGUGUUUGCAGCAGCAGAAUGUUACAGUAAACUUGCGUUUGAAGCCAACUUUCCAUUAACUAGCACUUCAGUUGCUUCAGGCUAUCCACACAGAAAACCAAUGCUGCUGAAGAGAGGCAGUAUGUACUUACAAAGCGCAUUAGAAGUGGAAGAAGUUUGAUUUCCUACUUUACAUUCUUAGGUAUCUGAAAAUAAAAAUGUGACUGUUUUUUCUCUGUACGUUGCACAUGAAAUAAGUGACUUUCCAUUGGAAAUUUGUUAUCAUAAUAUAAAUUGUUAAGAUAAUACAGUAUUUGGCCUUUUUAUUUUAAUGAAUGCCAAAAUUGGCAUUGGGAGUGGGUGGGAGAGGGGAUGUGUGCACAGUAGGAGCUUGUAUUUCUGCUGGAGGAUCAUUGUUAUCUUCAUGCUUGCUGUCUUACAGACCUGACCUAAGUUGUUAAGUUGGUCACACAUGAGCCAAUGUUACUCCUGUAUUACAGUUCUAUGAUGUAAUGAUGACUUCUGAAACAAAAUCUUGAUGGGGAAUGGCAUAGUUAAUCUUGGAGGCUUACGUAAACAUGGCUAUUUUAAGUUAAAUAAAGGUGGGUGAUUCUGUUGUUAA